UCCCGCAGUCCCGGGGCCGCCUCCCGGGGAGGAUGCCGGCGGGGGCGGGGAGCGUGCGCGGCCACGUGACGACCGCUAUAAGAGCGCUCCGGACGGACGCUCCGCUCCCGCCGCGCCUCCUCGCCGGCCGCGCUUGCCCCCAGCGCCCGGCUUCUCCGAGCCACCAACCUGCGGCUGCGGCUGCGGCAGCCGCCCGCACCCCCGGCAGCACCAUGACAGAUCAGGCCUUUGUGACACUGACCACAAACGAUGCCUACGCCAAAGGAGCCCUGGUCCUGGGCUCGUCUCUGAAACAGCACAGGACCACCAGGAGGCUGGCCGUGCUCGUCACCCCACAGGUCUCGGACUCCAUGAGGAAAACUUUAGAGACUAUCUUUGAUGAAGUCAUCACGGUAGAUGUCUUGGACAGUGGUGAUUCUGCUCAUCUAACCUUAAUGAAGAGGCCUGAGUUGGGCAUCACGUUAACUAAACUCCACUGCUGGUCCCUUACACAGUAUUCAAAAUGUGUAUUCAUGGAUGCAGAUACCCUGGUCCUAGCAAAUAUCGAUGAUCUUUUUGAGAGAGAAGAAUUGUCGGCGGCACCAGACCCAGGGUGGCCUGACUGCUUCAAUUCUGGAGUCUUUGUUUAUCAGCCUUCAGUUGAAACGUACAAUCAGCUGUUGCACCUUGCUUCUGAGCAAGGUAGUUUUGAUGGUGGGGACCAGGGUUUACUGAACACGUUUUUUGGCAGCUGGGCAACAGCAGAUAUCAGAAAACACCUGCCAUUUAUUUAUAACCUAAGCAGCGUUUCUAUAUACUCCUACCUCCCAGCAUUUAAAGCAUUUGGUGCAAAUGCCAAAGUUGUGCAUUUCCUAGGACGAAUCAAACCGUGGAAUUAUACUUACGAUCCUCAAACAAAAAGUGUCAGAAGUGAGCCCCACGAUCCCACUGUGACUCAUCCAGAGUUUCUCAACCUGUGGUGGGACAUCUUCACUACCAGCGUUUUACCUCUGCUUCAGCAGUUUGGCCUUGUCAAAGACACCCGCUCAUACGUACACGUGGAAAAUGUCUCAUCAGCCGUAUCACAGCUGUCCCUUGGGGAGAUCCCGGCUACGGCACAGCCUUUUGUAUCCUCAGAAGAACGGAAGGAGCGGUGGGAACAGGGCCAGGCUGAUUAUAUGGGAGCAGAUUCCUUUGACAACAUCAAGAGGAAGCUGGACACUUACCUCCAGUAGAAACACUGCCCUUUUCCGUGGACACAUCCACUUCACAGGCACUUGUUUCCGAUACUUAGUAUCUAGAGCUGGGUUAAGAAAGGUCUGUUACAGUUGUUAGAGGCUUUCAUUAAAAUCCAUUAGAUGUGGGUGGGGGGUCUUGCAGGACAACUGGUGAGAGCUGGGCAAAAGUUAAGUAGCAAUUCUGUGAUAUGAAGGACAGUUCUGCUUUUUAACCCUCAGCUUGUAUUUCAGAAAUUCUCAGUUAUGCCGAUCGCCAACGUACGUGGUCAGGGACACUCAAAUCUUACGCGGUUAAGACGGCUGUUAUCAACUCUUAAAAUGUGCCAAGCCAGGCUCCAAAUCAGUCUCCCUUCAGAUUGGGACACAGCACCUGUCUCUUGCUUGCUUGUUGUACCCUUCACUAGACCUGCAUUUUAGAAUCGCCCAGACGCUGCCAGAGUGAUUGUAAUUCUGCUUUCAGGUAAAGACAGCCUAUAAGAACACUGCUGAGUGACUCAUAAGCUUAUCAACAAAUGGUGUUAACCCAUUUUAUUUCCUAGUCUUAGUGUCUGAAGAUGUUCACCAGUUUUCUAUGUACAGUAAGGCGGCAUGCUAAAAUGCUUUCGUUCAGUUCUGUAUAUCUGAAAACAGCAGUGUGAUGGUUACCUACAGUGGCACCUUGUAUGAAAAAUAAAGAUUUCUUGACAUAU